AACCGAGCGCCAACCGGCUAGCUUCUGAGCCGCCGCGUGCUGCCUGGCUGCCGCCCGUCAUGGCCCGCGCUGCCUGGCUCUUCGUCGUGCUGGCCACGCUUCUCGCCGCUGCAGCUGCAGGGGGAGAUGCCCCGCCCAGCAAAAUCGCCGUUAUUGGGGCCGGAAUCGGGGGCUCUGCUGUGGCCCAUUUCCUCCAGCAGCACUUUGGACCCCGAGUGCAGAUUGUCGUAUAUGAGAAGGGAACUGUGGGUGGCCGCCUGGCCACCAUCUCCGUCAACAAGCAGCACUACGAGAGUGGAGCAGCCUCCUUCCACUCUCUGAGCCUCCACAUGCAGGACUUCGUCAAGCUCCUGGGGCUGAGACAGCGGCGUGAGGUGGUGGGCAGGAGUGCCAUCUUCGGCGGGGAGCAUUUCAUGCUGGAGGAAACCGACUGGUACCUGCUGAACCUCUUCCGCCUCUGGUGGCACUACGGCAUCAGCUUCCUGAGGCUGCAGAUGUGGGUGGAGGAGGUCAUGGAGAAGUUCAUGAGGAUCUACAAGUAUCAGGCCCAUGGCUAUGCCUUCUCAGGCGUGGAAGAACUGCUCUACUCGCUGGGGGAGGUCGCCUUUGUCAACAUGACCCAGCGCUCAGUGGCUGAGUCCCUGCUCCAGGUGGGCGUCACACAGCGCUUUAUUGAUGAUGUCGUCUCUGCUGUCCUUCGGUCUAGCUAUGGCCAGUCAGCAGCAAUGCCUGCCUUUGCUGGAGCCAUGUCACUAGCUGGAGCCCAGGGCAACCUGUGGUCUGUGGAAGGGGGCAACAAGCUGGUGUGUUCUGGUUUGCUGAAGCUCACCAAGGCCAAUGUGAUCCAUGCCACGGUGACCUCUGUGACCCUGCACAAUACAGAAGGGAAAGCCCUGUACCAGGUGGGGUAUGAGAGUGAGAAGGGCAACGGCUCCGACUUCUAUGACAUUGUGGUCAUCGCGACGCCCCUGCACCUAGACGACAGCAGCAGUAACCUUACCUUCCAGGGCUUCACCCCACCCAUUGAUGAUGUCCAGGGCUCUUUCCAGCCCACUGUGGUCUCCCUGGUCCAUGGCUACCUCAAUUCUUCCUACUUUGGUUUCCCCGACCCUAAGCUUUUCCCCUUCACCAACAUCCUCACCACAGAUUUCCCCAGCUUCUUCUGCACUCUGGACAGUAUCUGUCCUGUCAACAUCUCAGCCAGCUUCCGGCGGAAGCAGCCCCAGGAGGCAGCCGUGUGGCGAGUACAGUCUCCCAAGCCUCUCUUCCGGACAGAGCUAAAGACCCUCUUCCGUUCCUAUUACUCAGUCCAGACAGCCGAGUGGCAGGCUCACCCCCUCUACGGCUCCCGCCCCGGCCUCCCGAGGUUUGCCCUCCAUAACCAGCUCUUCUACCUCAAUGCCCUGGAGUGGGCCGCCAGCUCCGUGGAGGUAAUGGCUGUAGCUGCCAAGAAUGUGGCCUUGUUGGCUUAUAACCGCUGGUACCAGGACCUGGAUAAGAUUGACCAAAAGGACUUAAUGCAUAAAGUCAAGACUGAACUGUGAGGCCUCCAAGGAAAGCCCAGAAACUGUCCCACACUGAAGAUGGAGCUCAGACCACAGCAGCACAGGGUUGACUAGGCGGCAAUCACUGGCCAAGCCGCCCUCUGAACCGCCUGUAUGAACAGAUUUCCCCCAGCUUGGGUCCAGGUGACCAUCAUCUACCUGCCUGUUGAAGGGUCCUCUUAGAGGUUGUUUCUUUUGUUUGUCUUUUAAGGGAGGGAUUACAAAAUAGAAAGGAAAUUCAA